AUGCUCUCCGCGCACCUGCCGCAGGUGGACCAGCGCGUGAUUCCCGCGAAGCGGAGGCUCCCGGGGGCUGCGCGGCAUGGGGGGCGCGGAAGCGAGGCGGGUGGACGGGGGGAGAAGCGAGCGGUGAGGGUCAUAGUGGCAUGGGGUUGGGGUGCCACCGCCGCCGCCGCCGCCGCCGCCUCCGCCGCUGCUGCUGCUGCAAAUCCCGCGAGUGGUGGGGUUGGGAGCGGUGCAGGGGACUUUAGGCGCGUCAGCACAGGCGGUGCUGCAGCAGUGAACUCGUCUGGUGCUGCUGCCUCUGCUAAUGCUAAUGCUGGUGCUCCUUCUGCUGGUGGGGUUGCUCGUGUUGCGGCCGUGGUGUCAGCUGGCGCUGCUGCUGCUGGCGCUGCUGCUGCUGGCGCUGCUGCUGCUACAUCUGGUGCGGCUGGUGGUGACGGGGGGAAGGUGCGAGAUGCGGGGGGGGAAGCUGACGUCAGUGGCGGAUGGGGGCAAGGUGGGGGCAAGGGGUGGUGGGGCCAAGGGGGCUGGGGUGGUGCAGGGGGGAGGGGGGGAGGCGGGGGAGGAGGCAGGGGAGAAGGGGAAGGGGAAGGGGAAGGGGAAGGGGAAGGGGAAGGGGAAGGGGAAGGGGAAGGGGAGGGGGGGAGAGAAGGCGAGAUGGAGAGCAGUGAUGGUUUGUUUGCUGCCAGGCGUAGUUCCAGUGUAAGAGUAGUAUACUGUCCUUCCCGCAUCCCCCCUCCCUACCCACCCCUAUCAUGCGUGCCUUUCCCGUUUCACUGUGUCUUGGAGGUGCAGGGGGAAGGGGGUGAGGAGGAGGAGGAUGAGGUGGAGAGAUUGCGACAGAAAUGGGGGAGGGGGAUGAGGGGAAGAGGGCCGCGAACGGGCCAAUGGGAAGCUGACAAGUGGCAGCGGUGGAGGAGGCAUCGGGAGAGGGUGGAGAGGAUGAGGAUGAGGGAGGAGGCGUUGGAGAGAGCGAGAGAGAGAGUGAGGGAGCGAGUGAGGGAGUUGGAGAGGGAGAGGGAGAGGAGGAGGGCGGAAGGGUUGAGGAGGGCGUGGGAGGAGGCGAUGAAAGGGGAAGGAGGUGGAGGGGGAGGCAACAGAAGAGGGAACGGAGAACGGAGGGGUGCGGAACGGUUCAGUAGUCGCAGUGGCUACAAUCCCCGUAAUGCCUAUUUCAGUGAGUCUUCCUAUGGGGGAGGCGGUGAUAGUGGUGGCUUGGACGAGAAUGCGGAUUAUGACGAGGGGAAUGAGGAGGAGGAGAGGGAGUACCAGGAAUGGCUGAGAGAGAGGAUUCGCAUGCGACGGGCCCAGGAUGAGGCGGAAGAGAGGAGGACAGGGAGGAGAAUCCACACCCAGCAGCAGCAGCAGCAGCAGCAGCAACAGUCGCCCCGGACUCCCUCACCCUCCUCCCCCCACCACGCUCCAUCUUCUCCCCUCCCUGCUUCCACUCCCGCCGCCCCUCCCCCCACCGCCCCCCUCACCCUUGCUUUCUCUGACAUCCCCUGGCCUCCUCCGGGGAACCCUUUGUUUCUGGAGCCUGGAGACGGGCGGGCAGAGGCGGAAAGGAAGAUGAGGCGGGCUCUGCUGGUGUGGCACCCGGAUAAGUUCCGCGCGCACUGCGGGCCGCACUUAGCUAAGAGCGAGCGCGCAAGGAUUGAGGCUGCGGCUGCGGCGGUGGCUGCAGGGGUGAUGCGGCAGCACGCGCAGCAGAAGAGGGCUUGA